GCAAAAAAUAAAACUCACAAAACUUUUUCAGAGAACAGAAAGUUCGACUUUGAUCCAAGGGGGGAAAAGUUUAUUUACAGCGUGAACAACACUAGGGGCGUGGGUCCUUCAGAAAAAAAGAGUAGAUUCCUCGGGUCUGCUUUGGAAAAGAACCAACAUAUCCCUCUAGUCAUCUGUGUGCCGUUUAAGAUCAUCCAUGCCUUAGGCGAGGGGUGUGUAGGGCUUUGUUUAUACAAGAAGAGCAGCCUAAGUCCAAAGUGCAACCAACCUAAUGCUACCCCUAACCCGCCGCCUCCCACCCCUCAGGAAUUCAGGAAAUCUUUUCAGCACAGCCAGGGGAACUGGAGAAAAAGUUGCAAAGGAGUGUUCCGGAAAGCUGUUCAGCGUCCAUGGCCUCACGCUCAGACCUUUCACACCUUCUCCCAGCUGCCCAGUUGCGCCAGCUGGCCCAUGACUGGCUGCAAGAGGAUGCUCCCAGCUUUGACUACGGAGGCUACGCUGUGGGGGAUCGACGGGAACGGGCCACGCUCCUCUGCAAGUCCCCGGGAGUUUUGGCUGGCUUUCCUUUCUUCGAGGCCACCUUUGCGGAGCUGGGCUGCUCUGUGGAGUGGUUGCGAUCAGAGGGAGCCUGGGCACAACCAAUCACCCAGGUGGCUGAAGUCCGUGGGCCAGUGAAAGACCUCUUGCUUGGUGAGCGGGUGGCUCUGAACUGUGUGGGACGGUGCAGCGGUAUUGCGACACUGGCAGCAAAGGCGUGUCGGGCGGCACGAGAAGCCGGUUGGCACGGAGAGGUGGCUGGAACAAGGAAGACGACGCCUGGGUUCCGUCUCCCUGAAAAAUAUGCCCUCCUAGUGGGAGGAGCUUCCUGCCACCGUUAUGAUCUGGGGAGCCUCAUCAUGUUGAAGGAUAACCACGUGUGGGCAUCUGGCAGCAUCACACAAGCUGUCCAGAAGGCCCGGCGCGUUGGAGGCUUUACCCUGAAGAUAGAAGUUGAGUGUCGCUCGCUGGAAGAGGCUGUUGAAGCAGCAGAGUGUGGGGCUGAUAUUGUCAUGUUGGACAAUUUUACUCCUGAGGAUCUGCACCCCACAGCAAGCACCUUAAAAGCCUCUUUUCCUCAUGUGAUGAUAGAAGCCAGUGGAGGAAUCACCGAGGAUAACCUGGCCAAGUUUGUGGGGCCCAACGUUGACGUGGUCUCCCUUGGUUGCCUCACCCAGUCUGCCGUGGCUGUAGAUUUCUCCCUCAAGGUCUGCCGGGACCCUGCUUCCAAGCUGCCUGUGCAGAAUUUUGUCUUUUGAGAGGGGAAUUGGACUAGGAGUUCAUCUACGACAUGAAAACCUGUAGGUUCAACAGGAGAUGAGUGGCAUUCAUUUCGUACAGCGCUUGCUAGGUUCAGACGUGAUGAUCGUGCCUCCACCUUUAAAAGGCACAAGGAAUGAAGUGGAAGACCAGUAAUUUACUUCUGGCCAGCUGAUAAUUUCAGUAGCGCAUGGGAGAAGUGCUGGAGAAAGAACCAAUGAAGUUGGUAACACAGAAGGCUCAGUGGCUGUAUUUUCUUUCACGGUUUCAGCCCUUCUAAAGAAGUAGACCAGGCCUCCAGAUUAUCACAUGGCAAAAAAGAGAAAUGCGUGUAACAUUUUCUUUUUGUGCCUCCUUCCCUCCUGCUGCAGGAAGGUCUGUUGGCUAAAAAAAUAAAACAACCAUCUUUUUAAAA